CCCCCAGUCUCGACGCUCGGGAGCGACAAGCCGCCAGCGCCCCCGCCCCACCGCCGCUGCAGCGCCCUCCGGCCGCCAUUCGCCACCGAAACUUUCCAGCGCCCGCUCUUCUCCGGGACUCGGUGGCGGGCCGGGGGCGGCGCGCGGCUGCACCGGGGCGCCUGGCCCUCCACGGCCUCCGCGCGGCCCGGGCUGGGUGACGGUGGACCCGCCAGUAGGCAGAGAGCGAGGCCACAAGUUGCACGGCUCGCGGCGAGGUAAUUGAAGAUAGAAGAGAGGUCUGAAAAACUAAGACUUGCCUGGAUUUGCUUCUGAGGUGGUCCUGAUCUUUGCAGGAACCUCUCAAGGUGUGUGAUCGGAUGCUGGGUGGCCCACUGCUCCAGAGGUCUACACAUGCACUCACUGUGACGAGGGUGGCUCCCACUUGAUAGAGACGAAGACCUCAUCACCGAAAGGUGAGGCUAAGAUGAGCAUUACCAGCGACGAGGUGAACUUUCUGGUAUAUCGCUACCUCCAGGAAUCAGGUUUUUCCCACUCCGCCUUCACGUUUGGGAUAGAAAGCCACAUUAGCCAGUCCAACAUCAAUGGGACACUAGUGCCACCGGCUGCCCUCAUCUCCAUUCUUCAGAAGGGACUGCAAUAUGUGGAGGCAGAGAUCAGCAUCAACGAGGAUGGCACGGUAUUUGAUGGGCGUCCCAUUGAGUCCCUAUCGUUAAUUGAUGCUGUGAUGCCCGAUGUGGUACAGACAAGACAGCAAGCCUUUCGGGAGAAGCUUGCCCAGCAGCAAGCCAAUGCAGCAGCAGCGGCAGCGGCGGCGGCCGCAGCCACAGCCACAACCGCAGCAGCCACAACACCAGCAGCUGCUGCCCAGCAAAACCCACCAAAGAAUGGAGAAGCCACAGUGAAUGGGGAAGAGAAUGGAGCCCAUGCAAUAAAUAAUCACUCAAAACCAAUGGAAAUAGAUGGGGACGUUGAAAUUCCACCGAGUAAAGCCACAGUCCUUCGAGGCCAUGAGUCUGAGGUGUUCAUUUGUGCCUGGAAUCCUGUUAGUGACCUACUUGCUUCUGGAUCUGGAGACUCCACUGCAAGGAUAUGGAACCUUAAUGAAAACAGCAACGGGGGCUCCACACAGCUUGUGCUGAGGCACUGUAUACGCGAAGGGGGACAUGAUGUUCCCAGUAAUAAGGAUGUCACCUCAUUGGACUGGAAUAGCGAUGGGACACUAUUGGCAACAGGUUCCUAUGAUGGUUUUGCAAGAAUAUGGACAGAAGAUGGUAACCUAGCCAGCACCUUAGGUCAACACAAAGGCCCCAUUUUUGCCUUGAAGUGGAACAAAAAGGGGAAUUAUAUUUUGAGUGCUGGUGUAGACAAGACAACAAUAAUUUGGGACGCCCACACAGGAGAAGCCAAGCAACAGUUCCCUUUUCAUUCAGCACCUGCCCUUGAUGUGGACUGGCAGAACAACACUACCUUUGCUUCCUGCAGCACAGACAUGUGCAUUCAUGUGUGCAGACUUGGCUGUGAUCGCCCAGUCAAAACCUUCCAAGGACAUACUAAUGAGGUCAAUGCUAUCAAAUGGGAUCCUUCUGGAAUGUUGCUAGCCUCCUGCUCUGAUGACAUGACAUUAAAGAUCUGGAGUAUGAAGCAGGAUGCAUGUGUCCAUGACCUCCAAGCUCACAGCAAAGAGAUCUAUACCAUCAAGUGGAGUCCCACAGGACCAGCCACCAGCAACCCGAACUCCAACAUCAUGCUAGCAAGUGCUUCAUUUGAUUCUACGGUUCGACUGUGGGAUGUGGAGCGAGGGGUUUGCAUCCACACACUGACCAAGCAUCAGGAGCCUGUCUAUAGUGUAGCGUUCAGCCCUGAUGGGAAAUAUUUGGCCAGUGGAUCCUUUGACAAGUGUGUCCAUAUCUGGAAUACUCAGAGUGGAAGUCUCGUCCACAGCUACCGAGGCACAGGUGGCAUAUUUGAAGUGUGCUGGAAUGCUCGAGGAGACAAAGUGGGUGCCAGUGCAUCUGAUGGCUCUGUCUGUGUUUUAGAUCUCCGAAAGUAAACACAAAAUGUAGAAAACAAAACCAUUCUAAUGGACCAGCAGUGAAUGUGUGGGAUUGCAGCAUCCUUCCUAUGAUGGGCUCCAAACUGUGUGAACUUGACUUGUUCGAGUCUACUUGGAAAUCACCUGUCCCUGGCCACAGGAUUCUUUCCCCUCACCCCCCCAAUCUCCAUCCAGAAGUUUAAAACACAAAUACAAAGUCAUACACAUGGUUGUAUCACAGGAAUAUGUUUUCCACCUAGAAUGUUCAGCUGGGGAAGGAUGAAGC